AUGGCACUUCAUAUUCCUACUAUAGCUGUCAUCGAAGGCGCAGCAUUGGGUGGUGGACUGGAAAUGGCUUUAUCCUGUGAUAUUCGGAUAUGUGGAGAAGAUGCAGUGUUGGGCUUGCCAGAAACAGGACUUGCUAUUAUACCAGGAGCAUUAUCUGAUUAUGAAGUCCUACACCUUUUCAGGGCAGGUGGGACCCAACGGCUGCCUAGAUUAGUAGGAAAAUCAGUUGCAAAAGAACUUAUAUUUACUGGUCGGAAGAUUGGUGGUAGAGAUGCAUUAUCAAUGGGCCUUGUCAACCACUGUGUUCCUGCUGGUGAAGCUCGUUUGAAGGCACUCGAAAUUGCUCGGGAUAUAAAUCAGAAGGGUCCAUUGGCGAUAAAGAUGGCAAAGCAAGCUAUUGAUGAGGGGCUUGAGAUAGAUAUGGCAUCAGCUUUGUCAUUGGAAGAAGAUUGUUAUGAACAGCUCUUGAACACAAAAGAUCGAUUGGAAGGGUUAGCUGCAUUUGCAGAGAAGCGAAAACCUCGAUAUAUAGGUGAAUGA